AUGACCGAUUUUGAUCUAAUGAAUUUUCCGUUUCACGAGCGCUUAGAUUCUCCUGUAUCCGAUGAUGCAGAAGUAAAAGAUGAAGAACCGCUUCCACAAAACUGGCUUAAUGAGAACCAUGUUGGAAAAUCGAUUCUGCCUUUAUUUGUUAACCCUGAAGAUGUUAUUAAUUGCAACUUUUCUAAUGCUAGAGACUCUUAUGAAGAAAAUAAACCGCCAUUCGCGGACUGUACGAACUAUGUUAGGAAUAAUAGUUAUCGAGAAUCUCCAGGAUUACAAGAACGAUCAAAUAAUGAGCAAAAUAAAUCACCUAAAGUUACUGCUGCCCAUAAAAAAGAUGUACCUAACUUCAUACACUCUACUCCUAGAGAAAACCCUUCAGCCAAGCAUUUUACCAAGGCGAACGAACAGGUUUCUUCUCAAGGAAUGGAUGAGAACAUAUCAUCGGAAAUAUACAUAGAAGACUGCAACGGUGCUAAAAUUUCCCUUCAGAGUUCUAUAUCUGAGGAGGAUCUUCGAGUUUUAGAGAAUGUGAUACUAGGAUAUCAAAAAAAGGUUAUCGAGUUGGGUAGAGACAAUCUAAGACAAGAGGAAAAAUCAAACUCUUUACAAAAAGAGCUCGAAGCGGCUACAACAUCAAAUGACAAAAGAGUUAAUGAUGAGAGAAAAACAGAAGAACAAACGGUAUUGAUUGAAAAUCUAACAAGAGAUUGUUCACAUACCAGGGAAAUGUUGGAAAAAGCCAAGAAUACUAUUCAGACAAAACAGACUGCACUAUUGAGUCUUACUGACUCCUUACGAAAAGUAGAGCUAUUCGAAAUACCAAUUGGUAUAUUAUUUUUUGAGUUAUAUGACUCGGACGACACUUCCUCUAACUUAGAUGAGAUAUUACAAAAGAAGUAUCCUAGCAUCAAAGGAUUCUUACGUACAUCGCACCAGGAGGAGCAAAGCCGUUUGUUUCAACGCUUCAAUAAUGCAAAAUCAGAAAUUGAGGAUCUCCAAAAGGAGCUAGAAAAUGAAAGAACGGAAAUUCAUACCAUGAGAGAAAGAAAUAAUAAUUUACUUGGUGCAAACAACACACUCUCCAAACAAAAUGAAAUUUUAUGUGAUAAAUUUGACAAGUUGACUAUUGACGAAAAGAAAAUCCUAAAAGGAUGCAAUGAAGAAAUAAAAGCCAAGUUGGAAAGUUUAAAUGAAAGAUUUAGAUCAUGGGAGAAAAGCAAAGAAACCUACGAAGCAUUAUUGAAAGACAAAGACAUACUGUUAGCAGACUUUGAGAAUAAAACAAGUACUAUGUCGACCGAACUAGAAACUUUAAGGUCGCGAUUAGAAAUUUUAGAGGGGAACACGUCUGAUAAAAUCACAAUAAAAAAUAUUUUACAGUCAAGACCCGAUAUUUCGGAAGAAGAAUGCAAUAUUCUUAUGGUGGAACAAAUUAAUUUUGCAAAUUUAACAACCUUGCAAAAUAUUGUCAAAGAAAUCGUACUGGCUAUUGGAAUUCCUUACUCAAAGCUAAGGCGAAAAAUUCCUUUGUUAGCUAUAAAGCUGAAAUACGAGAAUAUCAUUUUGUCCAAUUUCGCCCAGCGUCUGCAUAGGCAAGUAUAUAAUCAAGAGAUGAAUUUGAAGAAGUUUACGGAUCAAGCAUACUAUACAUUUAUAGCCGCGCGAAGGAUGGAUUCAAUAGAUCAUCAUUUGGAGAGAUGUUUGGACCAUUUGUACGAUCAUAUCUUGGAGAAGAUGAUUAAAUAA